AUUUCUCUAACAUACGUGACGCAGUAGUGUGAAUGUCAUUGGAGUUUAUGGGGAUGAAACGGUUAAUUUGUGCCACAUGUGGUUUUAGGUGAAAUUAUAAAGAUAUCUUCUUUCCCGCUUUUUAGUUGAUAUUUUUUAGCUGAAAUUUGAAUGUAGUGGGUCUAAAUUCGUCUCACUGACAUGAAAUAAUCUAAAAGAAGGGUCUGAAAUCGGUGAAAACAAAAAUGUCCAUUGAUCAUGUGCCCCAGACAAACAUAAACAAAGAAAGGAAGGAUGAAUUGUGGGAUUGCUAAUUAGCAUAUCGACGUCCGCCAUCUUAUUUUUCUCCAGGAAGCCAGAAAAAAUGGGAAACUUACAGUGAACAUUUUGACAUAAUUGCGCAUCUGUAUAGAUGUUAGAGUGCUAUAGAUAGAAGGAAGAUGGGUGCGUUCACAAGUAGGCAAAACGCUGGUGUAGAAGAGUUAGACAUCGCGGCGAAUUCAGCCUACAGAUAUCCCCCCAAAUCAGGAUGCUACUUUGGCAGCCAUUUCAUCAUGGGAGGGGAGCGGUUCGAUACCACCCAACCAGAGGCCUACCUGUUUGGAGAAAACUCCGACCUCAACUUCCUGGGGAACAGACCACUACCGUUUCCCUACCCAGCCCCCCAGCCAAAUGAACCAACCAAGACUCUGAAGAGCCUAGUCAACAUCAGAAAGGACUCCCUCAGACUAGUCAGAAUUGAUGAUCCGGAGCCAGAGGAAGAAGGGGAGGAGGAGGAUGAAGAGAAAGAAACUUCUCCCAAGUACAAUGUGGAGUUCACGUUUGAUACGGAUGUCAAAGUGGGCAUCACCAUCCACUACUUUGCUACAGAGGAGAUCGUCAAUGGUCUGGCUGUGUACACAUCCAACGACCCAACUCUGACCUCGGAGACAGUCCACUACAAGCGAGGUGCCAGUCAGACCUUCAGCCUCCCCAGCCAUGUGCUGGACCCUGGCAUGUGGAACAUGGACGAUUUCAGCUAUGAUGCAGACAAGCAGGUCAUCCCUAUGGUCAUACAGUGUUGUGUAGAGGAGGAAGAGGAACAUGCAGAAAACCUGGGCCAUGCCCAUAUGCUGUUUGCUACAUUUGAAAAGAAUUCUGAGGACUUCUUUUCUGUCAAACCUUUGAAACAGAAGCAGAUGGUGGAUGGAUUGUGCUACCUGCUACAAGAGAUCUAUGGUAUUGAAAACAAGAAUUCCCAGGAAACUAAGCACCAGGAGGAUGACAUAGACGACAGUGGUUCUGAGUGUGUGAUCUGUAUGUCUGACAUACGGGACACUCUCAUCCUGCCCUGCAGACAUCUCUGUCUCUGUAACGGCUGUGCGGACUCCUUGAGAUAUCAAGCUAGCAACUGUCCCAUCUGCAGACAACCUUUCCGUGCACUGCUACAGAUGCGAGCCAUGAGGAAGAAGACAAGCCUGACCCCAGCUGUCACCCCUCAGUCAGAAGCAGAUGAAGUGCAGGUAAUACAGGAGAAUAUCCCCCCUGGCUACGAGGUCAUCCCCCUGAUAGAAGCACUGAACGGUCCCAGCAGCAGCUGUACCACCCCCCCUCCACCCGUCUCCGGGACAAACGAAGGAGAAACCCUGAUUGCAGAACCUUUAGUGGUGACGAUGCCGCCAUCUCCGCAAGGCAGCAAGCCACAGGACUCCGUCACGUGCAGACCCAAGUCUAAGAGCAAGAGGAAGAGGUCGGGUGGUUCUUCGCUACGCGGGACCGCGGCGCUAGAGGGCAUGAGUCGGCAGCAGCAGGCCCCGGAGUCCAAGCUCGUAGCGCCGCCGUGUGACAAGUCUGACAAAUCCGACGCCUCUUCUGUGGGUACGGGUCCGUACGUUACUACGCCUGAUGACAGCGAGUCGGCUAUGUCGCCAUCUAUUGUCUCAUCAGUGCCCCCAUCAGAGGUUGACAUAUCGGAGAGGUCUUCACUAGGAGGAGAGGUGACCACACCUGAGACACCUGCGGUAGGUUCCGCCCAGGUGUCGUCCAUCGGUACACCUGGGAUCACCCCCUCCUGUACCGUGGACGGGGACCUCAGUCAGCAGGACCCAGAGGGAAGCUCUUACAACACCGCUCCUGACGCCUCCUCGCCCCUCUCCCUCCCCACCACACCUCUGUCUCCUUUCGAACCCUCCCACAGGCCCCUUCCCAAGAUGCUUCAGCUCUCUACCCAUGAUGCUCUGCAAGAGGCUUCCCAAAGCACCAAGCAGGACCUCGACAUCUCCCCCUAUUCGGACGCCUCCGAAAAUCCCUGUCACGAUUUCGAUCAUUUCAGUCCUAAAAAUCAUCCCAACUCUUUGGCUAUCAUCUCAAACCAAGUGGCAACCUUAGCAUCUGAGGAGGACCCUCUCUCUCCGUCCUCGCACAAAGACGCUGGCCCUGUGGGGAUUUUUCUCGAAAACAUUCCAUACGCGGACUGCUCCUCGGCCGGGUCCGGUACCCCCCAGGGCGCGGCAGACGAUAACAAAGACACCCAGCCCCCGAAAUUCGGCCCGCACAUAUUCGCGAAGCUUGGUCCGCCUCUGGUCGCUCGAUUGGCCUUUGAAAACGAAAAACCUGCCAGCGACAGAUGCACCCUCCCCGAGGGAGACUGUCGUCCCGACAACGGUUCUCCGAAAGAGUCCCUCCCCUCUCCUUCCUCCCCCUCUCCUGUCUAUAGUGAAGCACUAAGUCAGGUUCCGUUUGCGGAGGGGCAUGGGCAGAAGGACACACCUGAGGAACAGGUGUCUGCAGGUGCUACUAGCCAGGAUCCGGAAAACAGACCAGGUCCCUCUGGCACCAACUUGAAGUCGUUUGUGGUACCGGGAUCAGAGGGGCACAAGGGCGCCGCGGCCGCGCCAAGAGACUACGAUUACGUCGUCAUUCACGAAGAGAGCCAUGGGGAUGACGAAGGGAGCGAAAAUGACGACGAUGAAGAGAAUGAAACAGAUGAGUCUCUACCUCCUGAACCCCACAUGGCACCGACUUUGAAGGCCCAGCCAUACGAGUCCCCCCCAUCGGUGUGAUGCGCGAUGCCGAAGCCAUGGACAUCCCCGCGUCCGACAAGACCUCCAUGGAUAACGGCUGCGUGGAGCUCUCGCUUCCCGGCACCCCGCUGUCCAGCGACAGCUCGCGCAGCGGGAACAGCGUGAGCAGCACGCGCCAGCUCCUGAGCACGCCCAGUAACGUGCAACUGGAGGAGGAAGAAGAGACCAACAUCUCGCCACUGCUGGCAUGAAACUAGUCGUAACAGCCGCAGGGGGUAACGCAGCUUAACGUAACAGCUCCCUCGUCCCUCCAAUCCACCUUUUGUCUUCUUUCGAAAACCCGAAUGUCUCUUAGACAAACUUGUACAUGUCAGCCACAGGGAGUUACGCAGCUUAACGUAACAGCUCCCUCGUCCCUUCGAUCCACUGUUCGUCAUCUUUCGAAAACCUGAAUGUCUCGUAGACAAAGCUGUAUCCUUACUCGUUUGUGUCUUCAGUGUACGUCCCUCUCCAGAACAGUACGUACUUCUCAAAACUGCUCUGUGUGUAGAGCUAGAGAGUGUUGUGUAGUUUGUUCUGUUGUUUAGUAGUGAUGUAGUUCUAGUGGACCUGUCUGUCCACUACCGUUACCAUCCUUGGCUGUUGGGACUAGUUGGGAUGCUGCAGGGACGAGCACCUCCUCCACGUGCACCAUAAUAUUGUAGCAAUCGUUUUCUCUGAUCCUCACCACAAUAAUGCACCAGCGGUUUAGCAUCCGUCGUUCCCCGUCUAACAAUGGUUGGACGUUGCGGAAUGUUGUUCAGGUUUGCUACCGCAGAAAACCUACUGUAGUUGUUUUUCAACAUAUUCGGAUUAUUAUUGGAAAGUACUGAUUGUAAAGCUUACAUUUGUUGUCAGACUCGUGCUGUGGCUUUGUCUGCAUCAAAAUCUUCUCAAUUACACAUUGUACAAAUACAGACUGCGAUAGUUCCUUAUUCAUUAUGUUCAAUUUUUUUUCCUACCUUUCAAUUUAGUGUCCACAAACCUUGUUUUUUUUUUAAGUUAGUAAGAGCUUUGUAGCCACUGUAUAAUAGGAAAGUAAUGUUUUUAAAACUCUUUGUGUUGUAUAGUGCACCUGACUUUUAUUUGGUCCCACUUGAACAAUUU